GAUCGUGCUAUCGAAUCGAUUAUAAGUGAAAGGGGAGAGGACAGUGACGAUGAGGAUGGAGAGAGCUUGAGAUCCUUCAUUCGGUCUCGCUUUAGUAGCCAAAUCUUAAAUGUGUUCAAUAUGCGUUCAAACACCACGACGAUGGGCUCAUCAUCACGGACUCGAGCACCUUCUGCCCCACCUGAAGAUGGCACGGGCAGUAGGUCACCUCCGGGUCGACUUAUCAGGAGAUUUGACCCCCUGGGUGACUUCACGCUCUCCAAAUUUUGUGUCACUUCAGCAGUGUACAGUGCAAAUGGCGAUGCCAUUCUGGCUUCGCUUAAUGAUGAGGACAUUUAUCUCUUUGAUUCUCAAAAUGACAAACUCCCUCCACUACAUGUCUAUCGUGGACAUCGAAAUAGUGAUACCGUGAAACGUGUCAAUUUCUACGGACCGAACUCGGAGUACAUUGUGAGUGGAAGUGAUGACGGCUUUAUCUACAUUUGGGAUCGUCAUUCAGAGGGUGUAGUUCAAUGGCUAUGUGGAGAUCUCACUUUUGCUGUCAAUGCUAUUGAACCCCACCCCUACCUCCCCAUGAUGAUUACCUGCGGCUGUGAUAACAAUGUUAAGCUCUGGGCACCGAUGGAACGAUGCCAAGAUCUUAGUCAUCCAGGAUCCUGGUUGAAGACCAUAAAGAACAAAGAUUCCAGUCGACCUCUAUUUGACUCACAUCCAAUGAUCCUAUCAAUGCUAGUUUUAAGGAAAUCAGAACUCUCUAGACGUCUAUUCGGGGAUGAGGAAGAUUUUCGGGUGUCAGAUGAGGAGGAUGAGGAGGAAAUAGUCGGUGAACAGAAUGGGAAUCGAGAUUUCGCUGAUUUCUUAACCAACAACAACAGCAGCAGCAGUGGCAAUUUACUACCUUCUACAAGUCAUUCACGAAAAAGGAAUUCCCCCUUUGUCGAAGAGACUGAUUCUUCAUCACCCAAAGUCAUCAAACAGGAAGACGAUGCAAUGUCUAUUUCUUCAGAACCUCUUGGCCGGCCAUCGACCGAGAAGCUGUCUAUUAUUAGGGCUCCCCAACGGCACUUGCCCUUCAACUACAAGGAUCUAAUCCUCCAAGUUGCCAUGAAUUGGGGAAAGCGACUUCGAGACUCCACAACCAUGAUGUUCACCCUCGAUCUACCUGACAUCUUUCGUCCGCUUUUGAACCUAAGCUAUCCUGACUCAGACAACGACUAUGAUGAUGAUGUUAAUGGCUCUGAAGAGGACUUGAUAUUCCAACGAUUUCUGAGAAGAGAACGAUCCCACUCUCAUUCGGGAAACAGCGGCACUGCUGAGAGUGCGUCGACUUUUCCUUCCUCUUCAGGAUCAAAUUCAGAUUCUUCUCACAUCCUUGAUGAUGACGACGAUUCUUCGGAGGAGCCAUCAGGUUCUCGUCCUCCUACUCCUUUUCCAACCUAA